CUUCUUUCAACAACAACAACAACACGGCUACUGAUUCUAUGGAUUUAACCGCCUCGGUAGCUUUGCUAGCCAAAAUAAAAAACGAAAUAUUGAACCUCUACACUGUUUCGGUGUAUAUUAACAACUGUAUUUUAAAAACACACUUCUGUCGUCUACCUAAUUAUCACGUUUAAGUUCAUAUUUAUUCUGUUGUUAUUAGUCAGGUAGCCCGGUUUGAUAAAUUAGCCUAGCACUAGGCUAGUCGCUAAUGCUAACUAGCUAGCUAGCUAUCACCCUUGACCAUGAGCUCACCAAGCUACUCUCCUGUUAAAGAGGAGGAGGAGGAGGUCUGCUGGACGGAGGAAGAGGGUCUGUGGCUGAACGUUGUCGUGAAAGAGGAGGAGGAGGAAGAGGAGGAGGAUGUUAAAGUAAAACAAGAAGAAGUGGAGGAAGGUGAGGCUGUUUCAGUGAAAGAAGAGGAAGACGCGUUCAGAGUGAAAGAGGAAGAGGAGGAUGUCACAGUAAAAGAAGAGGAGGAAGAUGCAGUUCUUGGAGUGAAGGAGGAAGGAGAGAUAACUGUCACAUUGAAAGAUGAAGAGGAGGAGACAGGAGACCUGAUUAACACCAGAGAGAGUCGUGACUAUCUUGGAUCCUCCGGGGAGCCUCAACAACAACAUCAUGAUGCUGACGAAGCAGAGAAGAGUCUCUCCAGAUCAGAACACCUCAAGAAACACCAGCAGAGAUUCAUCUAUUCAACAGAACUUAAAAGACAUCCGAGAAUCAAUACAGGAGAAAAACCUUACAGCUGUGAUCAAUGUGGGAAGAGUUUUGCUAAGGCAGGAGGCCUGGCUAUACACCACAGAAUACACACGGGAGAAAAACCUUACCACUGCUCUGACUGCGGAAUGAGUUUUGCUACCUCAAGCCAGCUGAUAAGACAUCAGAAAACACACACAGGAGAAAAGCCUUAUUGCUGUGAUCAGUGUGGGAAGAGAUUCAUUCAAUCGGCUAACCUGACUGUACACAAGAGAAUACACACCGGAGAGAAACCGUACCACUGCUCUGACUGCUUGAAGAGCUUUUCUACCUCAAGUGGAUUGAUAACACACCAGCGAACACACACGGGAGAGAAGCCUUACCACUGCUCUGAGUGUGGAAAGAGCUGUACCACCUCAAGUGCACUGAUAUCACACCAGCGUACACACACGGGAGAGAAGCAUUACCACUGCUCUGAUUGUGGGAAGAGUUUUACUACUUUAAGCAACCUGACACAACACCAGCGAACACACACAGUAGGGAAGCCUCAUAGCUGUGAUCAAUGUGACAAGACAUAUUCCCAUCUAAUGUCUCUGAUUAAACAUCAGAAAAUACAUGCAGGAGAUCCAGAGUGUGGAACGAUCUCCAACACCAGACCUGGGUAGUAGAACACAGAGUGUGGAAUGAUCUCCAAAACCAGACCUGGGUAGUAGAACACAGAGUGUGGAAUGACCUCCAACACCAGACCUGGGUAGUAGAACACAGUGUGUAGAAUGAUCUCCAACACCAGACCUGGGUAGUAGAACACUGAGUGUAGAAUGAUCUCCAAAACCAGACCUGGGUAGUAGAACACAGUGUGUAGAAUGAUCUCCAACACCAGACCUGGGUAGUAGAACACAGAGUGUAGAAUGACCUCCAACACCAGACCUGGGUAGUAGAACACAGAGUGUAGAAUGAUCUCCAACACCAGACCUGGG